UGGUCAGGUGGUGCUGUGGUCGUGUGUACAGUCAGCUACUCGCAGCAGCUGCCAGACAACAUCGUAAACAUGUUAUCGGAGCUUUGAAGAUCUUCGCGUAGUGUGUAUUAAUUAGGCGUCCACCACAUCCAGACAGAUUAUUUGACUAUUAAUAGUACCAUUGACAUUAGUCCUUCCUUGUGGAUUUGAUAACAGUCAUGAAGGGAAAUAGUCAAGAGGAGAUAUUUGUAUUCAACGUGGCGGAAGGUGUAAACACUUGAUGAGAGUGGCAUAUAAACAGCAGGUGGGAGCUGGGAGAGGUACAAGAUGUACUGGUCUUCCCUAGUGUGACACACCUCCACUACUGGCCUCCUGAAUCACGCUCCACUUGACUCCACAACAGUAUUAUGGCAAUGAAUGCUGAAGUGAGUGCAUUAUCUAUCAUCAAGGAGGGCUAUCUAUGGAAACGAGGUGAACAUAUCAGAAACUGGCGGAAACGCUAUUUUAUCCUUCGACAAGAUGGGUCCUUCCUUGGGUUCCGAUCCAAACCUGAGAAUGGUGACCUAAGCGAUCCUCUCAAUGACUUCACUGUCAAAGACUGUCAGCUGAUGAAGCUGGAGAGACCUAAGCCGAACACAUUCAUGAUCAGAGGUCUACAAUGGACAACCGUUGUAGAGCGAAUGUUCUGUGUAGAAUCUGCUGGUGAAAGGGAGGAAUGGAUCCAGGCAAUCAAGUCAGUAGCUGAGGAUCUGAAGGUCACUGAAGAUGGUGCAUGCGGACUGCUACCAUCACAAAGAAAGAAGUCACUUGAUGAUUUCCAGUUUCUUAAGGUGCUUGGGAAAGGAACAUUUGGAAAAGUCAUUUUAUGUAAAGAAAAAGCUACAAAUCAUUUAUAUGCGAUCAAAAUCCUCAAGAAAGCAGUAAUUAUUGCAAAGGAUGAGGUGACCCACACAUUAACAGAAAACAGAGUUCUACAAACAACAAAGCAUCCUUUUUUGACAGAACUGAAGUAUUCAUUCCAGACAGCUGACCGCCUGUGUUUUGUGAUGGAGUAUGUAAAUGGCGGAGAACUGUUUUUCCACUUGUCCAGAGAUCGUGUCUUCUCGGAAGACCGGACAAGAUUUUAUGGCGCAGAAAUCAUAUCUGCCCUUGGUUACCUGCAUGAAAAUAAUAUUGUAUAUAGAGAUCUUAAGCUGGAGAAUUUAUUACUGGACAAAGAUGGUCACAUAAAGAUAGCUGACUUUGGUCUGUGUAAGGAAGAGAUGCACUUUGGCGCUAGUACCAGCACAUUCUGUGGGACACCAGAGUACCUUGCUCCUGAGGUUUUAGAAGACAAUGACUAUGGGAGAGCAGUGGACUGGUGGGGGACGGGAGUGGUAAUGUACGAGAUGAUGUGUGGUCGACUGCCGUUCUACAACCGCGACCACGAUGUACUGUUUGAACUCAUCCUGCUUCAGUCAGUCAAAUUUCCCCGGACAUUGUCCGAGGAUGCCAAGAGUCUACUCACAGGCCUACUGGCCAAAAAUCCCAAAGACAGACUUGGUGGCAGCGAAGCUGAUGUUAGAGAAAUAAUGUCUCAUCCCUUCUUCCUGCCAAUCAACUGGGCGGAUCUGGCAGAGAAAAAGAUUUGUCCCCCUUGGAAACCGGAUGUGAAAAGUGCAUGGGAUACCAAGUACAUCCCGGAAGAAUUUGCUCAGGAGCCCAUGAGCACGUCCCCCAGUGAGCAUGGAGGCAGUCACUUAGAGAGUAUUACAGAGGAUAAUGAGCUCCCGUACUUCGAGCAGUUUUCCUACCACGGAAGCAGGAACAGUUUUGGAAAUUACCUCAGUGCCUCUGCCCAAGCUACAAACGAACACUUUUAAUGUCCACAGCUAGUUGUUACCAUAUUGCUGGCACUCAGAAGUGGCUCCAUUUUAGGUUGAAAUGACAUUCAAAUUUAUCAUGAUUCUGUUGAAUAAUGUCACACUUUUGUAUUAUUUAGAGAGAGAGUUGAUUUUUACUUUCAAACCCAAGAAUUGUAUUUGCAGAAUAGAAUUAAUUGACUUUUUUUUAAAGUAAACGUUUAUUAAACAUGUUUCAAAAUUGUGAAAAUUAUAAAGAGUAAUCAUCUUAUUAUUUUACGUAGUCUUGCUGAAUUUCACCCAAAAUGGAACUACUUCAUGACAUUGCGGCUAGUUGUUAUCAUUGGUAUGACUUUAAUGCUAUUGUCAUCUGUAUCUUUUGUUUUGUGUCUUACUGUAUACAUGUCAGUUGCAUUACUGUUAUAUCAUUGCAGUUAAAGAUCCUGAUGGAGGAUAUAAGUUAAUAAUGAUUACCAUAUGAUAACAAUGUUACUGUAACAAUUGAAAGUUUAGAAUCGUGUCAGGUAAAUGGAGAUAAUUUGCGAAUGUUUGUCAGGUGGGAUCGUGAUGAUUGUGUAAAUAUGAAAUCAAGGGUAACUGAUAUUUUCUUGUGUUCUGAUCAACAUUUCCAGUGGACUUCCAUGACUGACUGCUAGAAAGUUGCAAGGCAGUACGCUUGAGUUAACAUUGUGGUGUUUUGGGCUUGCAAACUCAGGAAUGUGGCUGUUGAUUGAGUUAAGCCCCUUGUUAAACCCUUCUAGUUCUUGUGUCACUAAGCAGUCGUUCAUUGGUGUGCUUGUUUUUCCUGGUAGAAGAGGGAGUGAGGCAGAUGUCCAGAAUUGACCAUAUAGGAUGAAAUUAGAAAGCUAUUUUUGAUAUAUGUGGUAAACAGAAGUAGCUGUAGGUGAUUGCUGUUUAGACUAUAUAUGUAACAUAAUUGAUGUGUACCUUCCUGCUACAAAGUUACUCAGAAACAAGCACAUCCAACACACUUUGCAAUCCUUUACAAUUUCCCUCUGUGGAUAUUGCAGUAAGAGUAAGAGUGUGUUCUGUGAUGCUUCUGAUGUCACAGUACGAUUCAAAGGUAUACAUAUGUAUGGUGACCAAACCUGAUUUAUUAUGGUACUUCUUCUGGUAACGACAUAGGGUUGUCUUGCACACAAAAAUAUAUUGUGCAGAGUUACAUCCCUUAGUUAUGCCAGGCUUUGAUGAUCAAUUGUUCAGAUUCGCCCUGAUCAUGAUCCUUGGUUUUUCAGCAUUAUACCCACAGGUAAUGAUUCAUCUGUGUUUCUGUAUGAAAUUAGGUAUCAGGAAAACAAAUUGACACUUGUAUCAUACCUCCAAACCGGUGCAGACAUGCAUGUGUCACAAAUGAACAUUUUAACAUGAGAUUUUUCUCACUCCUUAAAGUGUUAAUUUCAAUCCCAAAUUGAUCCUUGAAGUGUGAGGACUUGACUCAUGGGUUUAGCGGAGAGGUGCAGGGGCCAUGGAUGGCCAACUGGUCUAAGGCACUGCAAUUCACUGUGCAAAGUUGCAUCCCUCAGUUGUGCCAGGAUCCUAUGGUUGUGGGUUCAAAUCCCCGAUUUGCCCUGAUUACAAUCCUAGUUGUCAGCACCCUACCUCAUGGAUUUCACCAAAGGGGUCAUCAUCUGUGACCUGCAUCAUUAUUUUGGUGUUCUCCUAAAAUCAAGCUGAACCACGUUCAUUUUUCAGAAAUCUGAACCCAGAAGUGAAAAACAUCUACAGGAUAUGAUUUGCAUUUUUCCUCCCUUCAUGAUAAGAGAGCCAAGAGGAUGGACUUUGUUGUCAUGGUGUAAGAUUUGGACUGAUCGCUUGACUUGACUUUGACUGUUCCGACAUGCUGACAUCAUACCUAGGGACUAUUACAGGAGUUAUUUCCCUUGCUCUUAUACCUCUGAAGACACUGUGUUUGAAUGAAGAGAAUUAGUGAUGAAACAAGAUGAUGUUUUAGUAGUGUAUAAUGAAUUUUAUCGACUAUUAUGUACUAUAUCACCUAGAUUUGAUAUUCAUCAUUGUUGACUUAUAAACUAUGGGUCUUUUGAUAUGUAAUUCAUUGUGCCAAUUUUGCUUAUUAUUGUUAUCCUUCUUGUUAAUUAUUACUCAGUCUGGUUCUUUUGGUUAAGUAGCAGUCAGUUUUAUUUAUAGUGAUCAUGAAACAGACUGACUUUUAUGACUGUAAAAUCUUUAAACACUUUUCUUUGACAUUUAGUGGGUUCGAAUCCCGGUUCGCCCCGAUUAUGUUUCUAGGUUUGUCAGCACCAUGCCCGUGCUCGUGGGUUUCACCGAAGUGGUAAAUGUCUGAGACCUGCAUCACUUCGGGCUUUCCUUCCACAUUAAGCUGACGCGCCAUGAUAUAACUGAAAUAAUGUUAAAAGCGGCGUUAAACCAAACUCACUCACUCACUCACUCUUUUACAUUUAAUGUUUUCUAACACUUGAUUCUUGAUGUGUACAAAAGGGCCCCGGUGGCCUGUGGCGCCACGUCUUGAUGUGUCUCUUUAGUGUGCCAGGAUUCUCCAAUAAUGGGUUUGAUUUUAGAUCUUUGUGUUCCUCGGUUAUGAUGCCUGGUCUGUCAGCAUCAUACCUGUUUUCGGGACUUUCACCGAAGUGGCGCAUCACGGGGCGUGGGUGGCCCAGUUGUCAAAGGCGCCGCAAUUUGCUGUGCAGAAUUGCGUCUCUUCAGCAUACCAGAAACCUUCUAUCCCAGAUUUAGCUGACUUGACUGAAAUACUGUUUAUGACGGUGAUAUCAUUCUCACUCAAUCCAUGAGUAUAUGGAUUAAUUGUAUUGUGCAAAUACAAAAUCACUUUUACAAAGAUUAAGGUUUUAGUCAUGGCUACAUGAGGCUAUUUGUGAUUCCCCAAGAGUUAAAUAGCCAUUGUAAAAGGAUAGACCCAAUAUGGAGGUGCAAUAUGUUUUAACAAGGUGUUUGAUGAAGACUUAAAGAGCUCCUCUAGCAGGGAGUGACGCUUAUUCCUUUUACAUGUCUUGUUAUAUGCUUAAGUUAGCUC